AUGGCCCCCAGCCGUACCGAGAUCCUGCCCGCUGAAGAGCCUGCGACACUUUCAGCUCACAAUCUCAAGGUAUUGAACGGAGCCUCUCAAGAUCCCUAUGGGCACUACUUUCCAGAGGACCCAGCAACUUUGAAUCUCGAAUCGAACUAUGGGCCCAUGGAGUCCGAUAUGAUUGGUUAUCUUCAACCAACAACCAAGGACACUCCAAUCGAGGUAAUGCAUGAGAGAUUCGAAAGAGAUGGUUACCUAUUCGUCAAGGGAUGCAUCAACAAGGAAGCCUCUCUUGACUGCCGCCGGGACUAUUUUACACACAUGGCUCCCAGCGGUCUUCUCCAGGAGGGUAGCGACCUAGUUGAUGGCAUUUACUCCGGUGCAGAUACCCGAAAAUACCUCCCUCCGGGUAACCUUCGCCGUCUUUUCGGCCUCAAGGACGAUCCGGACAGUGAACGAUACGUCGAUCUUAUGAUUUCGGCACACGAAGCCAACUUCUACGUUGAGUUUUGCAAAAAUAAGCAGCUGCACGACUUCGUCCGUCAGUUUACAGGCUGGAAGAACCCUCACAUGCUGCAACGCACGAUGUUACGGGCGUUUGUGCCCAACAGUGAGCUAACGCCGGUUCACUUUGAUCAAAUGUACCUUCGAGCAGGUCCUCCCACCAGUCUGACUGCUUGGAUCCCCAUUGGUGACGUUUCCCUCGAGGGAGGUGGUCUUAUGUACCUGCAAGGCUCAACCGAUGUUGGCAAGAAAACGGAGGAUGAUUUUGCCAAGAACGCACAUAACUUGACCGACGAGGAACGGGUCAGUGCUUUCAACAAGAAUAUGAAUGAUGGUGGCUUUCUGAGCAGAGACACGGUCGCCUAUGGCAAGGAGACACAGAGGAAGUGGCUCAUUGCCGAGUAUGAGGCAGGGGACGUCAUCUUCCAUAAUCCUUACAUGGUCCAUGCUAGCUGCAAGAAUCGGGAUCCUGAGAAUAAGAUUCGCCUUGCGACAGAUGUGAGAUUCGUCGACCCUGAGAAACCUUAUGAUACUCGUUGGAUGAAGGUCUAUAGACCUUUGGAUGGACUGUAG